AUGGCGCUAAUGCUAUCAUUAUCAUCUUUUCCGUCACUUCUUCUUCAUCCUCAUUCAAAACGUCACCGUUUUGUGUACUUCAAUUUCAAUUUCAAACCAAAACCGGCGGCAGCGGCAACCUCCGUCUACUCACCCAGAAUUGACAACCUCAUUGACUCCGUCAACAUUGCCGAUGACAUCACCCAGCGAGGGAGAAAGAGGAAUGAUGCCUCAACAGAUCGUCAAUUGACAGACCUUGAGCAUGGGGAUGCAAUACCGGCUGCAAAUGUGGGAUUUUGUAGGGUUAUUUCACUUGCAAAGCCUGAUGCAGGGAGGCUAAUAAGUGCAACAUUUGCUCUGUUAAUUGCAUCCACUACAAGUUUACUGAUUACAAAAUUUGGUGGGAAAAUAAUUGACAUUGUAUCAGGAGAUAUCAAAACACCUGAACAGAAAGCUGAAGCUUAUGAUGCUGUCAAAAACACCAUAGUUGAAAUCUUUUUGUUUAUCAUAGUCGGUGAAAGGGUCGUUGCCCAGUUAAGAAAGAGCCUAUUUAGUCACCUUGUUCACCAGGAAAUAGCCUUCUUUGAUAUCACUCGAACUGGAGAGCUCCUUAGUAGACUAUCUGAGGAUACUCAGAUCAUAAAAAGUGCUGCAACUACCAGUCUUUCUGAGGCCCUAAGAAGUCUAGCAACUGCUUUCUUUGGUCUUAGCUUCAUGUUUGCAACAUCAUGGAAACUAACAUUGUUUGUUCUGGCUGUUGUGCCGGCUCUUUCUGUUGGUGUUCACAAAUUUGGCCUUUUCCUUACUGAACUCUCCAGUAAGACUCAAGCUGCAGCUGCAGAAGCUUCUUCAAUUGCUGAGGAAUCUUUUGGUGCCAUACGCACAAUGAGAUCUUUUGCACAAGAAGGAUAUGAGAUAACAUGCUACUCUGAGAAGGUUGAUGAGACUUUCAAGCUCAGACUUCAACAAGCGCGUUCAACUAUCUUCUACCUACUGUAUAUGGACUUAUACACCAUUGUAGUGAAAGCGGUAGGGGCUAGCAGACGGGUAUUCCAGCUUUUGGAUUGCGUAUCACCCAUGCCUAUGUCUGGAAAUAAGUGUCCUCUGGGUGAUCAAGACGGCGAACUGGAGUUGGACGUCUGGUUUGCCUAUCCAUCCCGCCCUAACCAUAUGAUACUAAAGGGAGUAACUUUAAAACUGCAGCCUGGAUCAAAGGUUGCUCUUGUUGGCCCUAGUGGUGGCGGAAAAACGACAAUAGCAAACUUGAUUGAAAGGUUUUAUGACCCAAUCAAGGGAAAGAUUCUUCUUAAUGGGGUUCCUCUCGUCGAGAUAUCACAUGAACAUCUACACAGAAAGAUCAGUAUUGUGAGCCAGGAGCCUGUUCUAUUCAACUGCUCCAUAGAGGAGAACAUAGCCUGUGGAUUUGAUGGCAAAGUCAACAGUAUUGAUUUGGAAAAUGUAGCUAAAAUGGCCAAUGCACAUGAAUUCAUAUCAAAGUUUCUAGACAAAUACCAAACAUUUGUUGGAGAACGUGGAGUAAGGCUUUCUGGAGGUCAGAAACAGAGAGUAGCAAUUGCAAGAGCCCUGCUGAUGAACCCCAGAAUUCUCCUCUUAGAUGAAGUCACAAGUGCUUUGGAUUCUGAAAGCGAAUACCUAGUACAGGAUGCUAUGGAUUCUUUGAUGAAGGGAAGGACUGUUUUGGUAAUAGCUCAUAGGCUGUCAACUGUUAAAAGUGCAAACAUUGUGGCAGUUGUUUCUGAUGGUCAGAUAGUUAAAAGUGGCACUCAUGAUGAGCUUAUCGCCAAUGACGGUGUCUACACUGCAUUAGUGAGGAGACAACUACAAGGAACCAAAACUGAAAUUUAUUUUUGGAACAUAAUUAUGUAUAAGCAAGGUUGGAAAACAAUCAAGUUAAAUAGAGUAAUAAACAUGGUAGCAUUUUAUUUUUAA